CUCUCUGUAGCUAAGGUGGUUGAUUCUCCAGGAGGGAGUGGGAUGUGGAGAGAUGUGUUUAUAGCUCUGAAUGUCGUUCAGUUCUCAGUCAAGCAUCACGUGUAAUUGAAGAGAUUCCUUACGGAUUUUCUUGCGGUAGCCUACCUAUAAAGAUAAUUACCAAGUAGAAGAGAGACGCGCAUUCCGACCCUCUCAUCACUUUUGUCGUCUCACCUGCACAAGCGGUGAACAGGAGAGGUACCUUAUCAUGGAUCAGGAGAAAUGCUUACCGGAGCUGAUGGCCGAGAAAGAUACGCUGGACUCCUCAUUUGUUCAUGCAAUGCGUCUGCUUGCCGAAGAAAUUGAAAAGUAUGAGGGGGAUGAGUUGAGAAAAGACGGUGACGUCAAGAAAUACCUUGAUGUCAUCAGUAACAAAAACAUCAAGCUCUCGGAAAGAGUACUCAUCCCAGUUCAACAGUACCCAAAGUUUAAUUUUGUUGGGAAGCUGUUGGGUCCACGGGGCAAUUCCAUGAAAAGAUUACAAGAAGAAACAGGAGCAAAGAUGUCCAUCCUCGGAAAAGGCUCCAUGAGGGACAAAGGAAAGGAAGAAGAGUUGAGGAAAAGUGGAGAGGCCAAGUAUGCCCAUUUGAGUAACGAUCUCCACGUUUUAAUUGAAGCCUUCGCUCCUCCCGGAGAGGCCUAUUCCCGCAUGAGCCAUGCCUUGGAGGAGAUUAAGAAAUUCCUAGUUCCAGACUACAAUGAUGAGAUCAGACAGGAGCAGCUGAGGGAGCUCUCCUACUUGAACGGAGGAUCAGAAGACACCAGUAGAGGAAGGACUGUACGUGGGCGGGGCUUACGACUGGCUUCCACCACAAACACACGGGCACGGGGUGGUGUGGCCCCACCCCCUCCACCAGUCAGGGGGGCAGCUGUACCCAGGGGAACAGUGGGUAAGCGGAGUGUCCUGCCACAAGCCACAUUAACGAGAGGAGUACCUGCUCCCAGGGCCAGGGGAACACCAGGGAACACCGGGUACAGACCCCCACUGUUACCCAUCACACACGAAUCAUACGACGACUACGGCUAUGAUGAUGGAUAUGACGGUGAAUAUGAUGACCAGAGUUAUGAUGCCUAUGAGGAGAACUACAGCAAUCAGUCAAAGAGCAUUUCUGAAUAUUACGAAUAUGGCCAUGGAACCAAUGACGAAGCCUACAACAACUACGAAGAGGAGUGGACUACAACCCGUCCGACACUUAAAGCCCCAACAACAAGGCUCUCACGAGGGGGCUACAGAGAACAUCCCUAUGGUAGAUAUUGAAGGUGUAACAUAUUGUGUGAACUGUUCAAUAAGGGGAGUGUGAGAGUAUGGAAAACACAGUAACUCUUCCCUGGGGACCGCAGAGUGCCU